CGUUUGCGAACCGCCUUUCAUCCGUGUUCGUUUUUCGUGAAAAACCUUAAAUUUUCCCCAUCAAAAUGUUGGUUUUGUGAUACCGAGAGAAACUACAGACUGUGAAUAGUGAAUAACGUGCAUGAUUGCUUAGUAGUGCUUGAAAACAGUGACGCACGAUGAAUUCCAAUCUAACGACCCCGAAGAAUAGCAACCGUUUCGGUUCAAAACCGACCACACCAUCGCGGUCCAAUUUGGUCAGACCCACCAUGAGCUCAUCUCUACUUGCCGGUAACAAAUAUACUAGUUCAUCCAGUAAUGAGAGUUUAUAUCAAACCCCAUCGUCUUCAGCCUUGAAGAACUCGAAGAAUCCAGCGGCCUUAUUUUCUAACACCAAGUCGAAAUCUUCAACGGCUCUGACCCCUUUAUCACAGUUACGGUCCAGAUCGGAUUCGGUAACUUCGUUUAAAAGUUGUGGUUCGACGUACGGCACACCGAUCGAUAAGCUGAAGAAGACUAGGUCGUAUCUAGAUAAUUUGGUCAGUAGAACACCGGAAUGUUUUUCGAAAGUAUCGCUGGACAGUCCUUCAGUAGGAUGUCAUUCGGUGAAGUUGGAAGAAUCGGUGAAAUCGUUGAAGGAGAAGGACGGCCCGAAUGCAGAAAUAAGUCAUCUGAGAGUUGCAGUGCGAGUGAGGCCACUUUCGGCGAAAGAGUGUAUUGAAUCAAUAGCAAAUAUUGUGAGGGUAAGGGACAAUGAAGUAAUUGUGAAUGCAGGUAAUACGGCUGAUAAUUCUGCGGGAGUGCAGCAUAGCUUCCAGUAUGACAAUGCUUUUUGGUCGUGCAAUGCGGAAGAUCGUGCUUAUGCGGAUCAAAGAGGCGUCUAUGAUGGUCUAAUGAAACCGCUGAUGGAUAAGGCAUUCGAAGGAUACAAUGCUUGUCUGUUUGCCUAUGGGCAAACCGGGUCCGGCAAAAGUUACAGCAUGAUGGGAAUAGAUUCCGACGAUUUGGAGAUCAGUUCGGAAGCUGGAAUUAUCCCACGUUUCUGUCAGGAACUAUUCAACCGAAUUGAGUCGCUCAAAGGCAAGGUGCGCAUAGAGGCCGAAGUCAGUUACUUCGAAAUUUAUAACGAAAAAAUUCACGACUUGUUGGCAGUUUCUCCAACUGACGGAGUUUUCUCUGUAACUUCCUGCAAUACCAAGAAACCACCGCUUAAGGUGCGCGAGCAUCCCAUAUGGGGCCCAUAUGUGGUGGACUUGAGUACACAUCCUGUGGAUUCACACUCGGCUCUGCGAAACUGGCUUGCCGUCGGUAACAGCCAACGGGCUACGGCUGCAACGGGAAUGAAUGACAAAAGUUCCCGUUCACAUUCGAUUUUUUCGGUUGUACUAAAUCUUUCGGAAGUGGUGUCAUCCGAGCAGAGGAACAUUGACGCCGUCCACCAAACCAAGAGGAGCAAGAUCAGUCUGGUGGAUUUGGCCGGCUCAGAACGAGUCAGUCAGACCUGUGCCAGUGGUGAACGGCUGAAGGAAGGUGUCAGCAUCAACAAGAGCCUGUUGACUUUGGGAAAGGUGAUUACAUCACUGGCGGAGACGAAACGAAAUGUGUCUACCUAUAUUCCCUACCGGGACUCCGUGCUGACCUGGUUGCUGAGGGAAAACCUUGGCGGCAAUUCACGGACGGCCAUGCUGGCAACGAUCUCACCAGCAGCAACGCAUAUCGAUGAAACACUAGCCACGCUCCGCUAUGCAUGCCAAGCACGAACCAUCGUCAACCGUGUCAAGGUCAACGAAGAUCCACACGAUCGAAUUAUCCGUGAACUGCGGGCCGAAGUUGAGCGGCUACAGGUCCUACGACAAGACUACGAACGCCAAAAGCGCCUGUCCGCCAAUCUGCAGCAGCAACAGCAACCGAGAAAAAUCAUUAUAGAAACUUCGGUUGAUGAUAGCGAGGUCGAAGCACUGCGGCAGCAAUUGUCAGAAACGGAACAAGAACUUGUCAAGGCUCAGAAAUCGUGGAGAGAAAGACUGCUGGAGGCGGAGGACGUGCGCCGAACCGAGAUGAAGCUGCUUAAACGGAAGGGUCUUGCUCUUGAGCUGUCAGCCGAGCAGAAGGAACCAUGUUUAGUCAAUUUGGCUGCUGAUCCCAUGCUAUCCGGAACGCUGUUGUACAUAAUUCCAGCCGGUAUCGUGAAGGUUGGACGACCCUCGUCGUUCUCAACGCCGGAUAUCGUACUGGAAGGACCACUCGUAUCGCAUCAUCAUUGUUCAAUCGAAAACAGAAAUGGUAAACUGUUUCUAACUCCGGAGGAUGCCGAACAGUACGAAACGUUUGUCAACGGUGAGCUGGUUCGUGAGCGACACCAACUGUUGCACAACGAUCGAGUGGUUAUCGGCGGGUCGCACUACUUCCGUGUUUCGAACCCGCUCUGUCCGAAUCGUAAUAAGCAAAUCAUUGUCGAUUUUCAGUCGGCCCAUCAGGAAAUCCUACGCGAACAGGAGAAGCGGCUACGCCGUGAGCUGGAUGCCGAAAAGCAGGUGGCCAUUUCGCGAAUCGAAGCCGAGCGCAUCGAUCAUGAGCGACAGUACGAAGAGCGGCUGGCAUCGCUGGAAUUGGAAAAGUUCAGGUACAAGUGCCGCCAGGAGCUGCUGGAAACGGAAAAGGAAGCAAUGCUGAAGCACAGUACAGACGAAGAGGGACAAGCUGCACUAGAAUUUACCCCCUUCCAGUCGAAUUUGGCAGAGGAAAUUCGGAAAAUUAUGGAACGACCCAGCGAGGAAAGCUUGCAUCAAAUUCAGUUGAUGGUUAAGGAAGCCACCCAAAGGUGCAAGGAUUUGGGGCUGGAGUUUGAGUUCCAACAGUCGCAAGUAUUGGAUGAGCUGGGAAUAUUUAGGGCCGUUGUCAAUAUCUACGAUAAGACUAGUGGAAUGGUGGCAGAGUGGCUACCAGCCCGUUUGGAGUAUUGGCUGGGUGUGGUGAGGGAUAGAGAGGAUCUCAACAAAGAUAACAUUUUCGAAAACUUCGAUCUAGAAUGGAAGGCCAAUGACGAGGAACUCAGCCAACCACUGAAUGAUUCUCGUAACUCCCGACGAAUAUCGCUCAAUCUGACUUCGGUUAAAGAUGUAAUUUUGAAAAGGAAUAGCCCAGGAAAAAGGUCCCCCUCAACCAAUGCCAGAAAGUCAGAAAGUCUCCUAAAGUCCAUGUUCAAACUAGGCAAUUCCAAUCCAAGCAGUGCCCGAAAGGAGUUAUUCGCUGACGAAAAUCUACCUGACCCCCGCCAUCGAAACGAUGAAAACGUGCCACAAAAUCAGCAGUCUCCUUCGCCAACCAAGCCUCUCCGAUUCGGAAUGAAGGCUAGCAAACAGUUACGGGACAUUCAGGUGGCGACCGCCAAGCUCAGGAAACUGUGCGAAAAGUAUCACCGGAACAACCCCCAAGACGACAGCAUUUGCACCAUAUUUGAUUCGAACGAUGGAAACCGAUCGGUGGAGCACAUGGCUAGGGACUUCCUCCAGUCGGUAACGGAAAUCGAGAGUGCCGUCCAGGAUAUGCGCUUUGUGCUAACGGAGCAAAGCGCGAAGCAAACGGCCGAAGACGAGCAAAAAUCGUCCAAGUCGGUAAGGUUUCUGUUGGAUUAGGGUCGAUUUGUUCGGUGCGCCCUGGUGAUGAAUAUGCGUUUAAAUGCUCGACAUACUUGCAUUGUUUGAUAUAGUAUUAACCAGUUAUAUCCUUACUAACACUAUUUAUUAGCUUUACUUCGACGUGUUUUUGGGAGGUAUUUCGUAGAUAUAU